AGAACAUCGCCAUAGCUGGAGGUAAGAUAGCGGUUACCUGUAACAUUACCCCUUCCAUCACUGAUGACACGGUGGAGCUCGUGUUGUGGUAUAAAGACGACUUCUCUAAGCCUAUUUAUAGCUAUGAUGGCCGAGCGGGAACUUACAGUAAGGCCCAGCACGUGGCCAUAGAUUUCUUAAAUGGAAGAGCCUUCUUUAGUACAGUAGACAGACCUUCUGUCUUAGUGAUAUAUCCUGUCGUACCUAGCGACGAAGGCAGUUAUCGUUGUCGUGUAGAUUUCCAGUUGGGCAGAACAAGGCAUUUUCAAACGUAUGUCAUGGUGAUUGUACCUCCUCAGUAUAUGAAGAUAACUGACAGUAGAGGAGAGAUUCAACAAAAUAAGAUUGGCCCACUAAACGAGGGUGACCCCUAUAUUUUGACAUGUGAAACGUUUGGAG